AAUUAUAAUGCUAACUAAAGAAAGUGAUAUAAGAUUUAAUUUGUUUUUCUUUGUAAAAUAAUCAAAAGUUUUGUUGUUGUUGUUUUUUUUUUGCUUGCUUUUUUCUAACCGUUAUAGUUAGCUACCCCGACUCGCACCCACGCCCGUUCAUGUCUUACCGCGUUUAUUGGACAGUCCGUCUUGACAUCACUUCCUGUUCCUGUCGCUCCCUGAAGUCGAAUCUCUUCCAAUGUGCUUUGUGUGUCCAUAUUCGCGCGGAUUUAGAGUUUUUCAUAAAAACAUCACCACAAAAUGAGACCAAAGAAACGCCCAGCCGAUUGUUUAUCAACUCCCGAACCCACGCAUGACAACAUUGAAGCCGACCACGAGCUUUUUCUGCAAGCCUUCGAAAAGCCCACGCAGAUCUACCGAUACCUUCGUACCCGUCAGGCAAUUUUGCCAGUUUUUUUACCACGGACAUUAUGGUACAUGAAAGGGCGUCUGUCUGUUCCAAAUACAAAAAGGAAGAAUUUUAAAGUCGACUCCCUUCUCGCAAUCGUGUCAGCCAAGAAUCUCCGAGAGCACCAGCCCCAUAGGAAUAAACCAGAUGUGUUAAAUGUAAAGUUUUCUGGGUUCUUCAAUGUUGAUGUACAUACAGAUGCUGAGUUUGCUGAGGCAGAAAUCCAGUUGUUAAAAAAUGGACACAGAAAAAGAAAGUCAGCAGUGUCCUCCUGUCCUUCCCAGGUGAGUCUGGGUAAAACCAAGAUUCCAAUCAAUCCUGGUUUGUCUUCAUCGUACCAUGACAAUGUUGCCUCCAUCACCCACAGAUUCACCCACUCAAAUGGCAGCUUAGCACGUUCGUGUGGCCUUUUUGUCAAGGUCACAUGCCCCAUUCGCAGAAAUCUUCCAAAUGGAUUUCACAAUGGAGACUUGCAUAACCAUGAUGAACCAAUACAAAAACGGAGGAAAAAUGGUCGUAUGUCAUUCCACGAAGAGGAACCAAUGUUGUUUGGGGCAGCUGUUAGAGUCUAUGAUAGAAACCGUCAGUGCCUGCUUUGUAAUGGUCAAUAUCAGAUUGUGCUGACUGACCUGCAGUCGUAUGAAACUUUACCAGGAAGAACAGCAUCUUGGCUGUCAGUGACAGAUCCUCAGGACUUAGAACCAUUCAAGAUUUUUGACAAGCUGCCAACCAUCAAGUUUGACUUGACUUGGGACGAAGGACCCAACAGUUCUGCCUUACCUGCAUCACAGGAUUCACUCUCUCCUCGAAGUGUUAACAAUUUCUCAGAAAAUAACAUCACUACGGACAGUAAGAUGUGCCCUAGCAAUAUUUCAAGCAGUGAGAGAGCACAAGUCAUGCACGAUGGAGUGACACAUAAAAAUCCCACUACAGGAACAAAAAGUACCAAGCCUCGAGAGCCUGGCCUGACAACCCCUCGCAAGCGCCUUCGACUCCAGUACUGUUUUCAGUAUGGCAACGGCGAGACCAUGCGGCAGCAGACAGAGGUUCGAGAGGAUCUAAGAUGUCCAUGGUGUGCACUUUUGUGUCCUUCCUUGUUUGCUCUUCUUAAACAUCUUCGUUUGACACAUGCUCGCUUCAACUUUAUUUAUGUGCCUCACUCCAAAGGUCCUCAGAUUGAAGUAACAGUAAAUGAAAUGUAUGACGGCUCAUAUGUGGGAAAUCCUCACGAUGUCCACUCACACAUUGGCUAUGCCUUUAGUCGCAGUGGUCCAGUAAGGCGAACACCUGUCACACAUGUAAUUGUAUACAGACCCAAGCGACCAGCACCAUCUUUGAAUGAGUUUAUGGAGCCAGAGUCAGACAGUUCUAUCAACAGGCAGCUAGUGCAGGGUCACAACAGGCUUUAUUACCACACUGUCACCUGCCAACCGAAUCGACCACAAGAUAUUGAUGAGGACAGUGAGGACGAAAGCACCCCCUCGUGGCUUUAUAAGAAAACUGUGAUGAUGAUUGAUGAAUUCACAGAUGUAAAUGAAGGAGAGAAGGAGUUGAUGAAAAUGUGGAACUUGCAUAUUAUGAAACACAAUUACAUGGCAGAUUGUCAGAUAGUCAGUGCCUGUACAACAUUUGUUGAAGAACAUGGGAAUGAGAUUCUUGAGAAGAAUCUCUCCCGCAACUUCCUGAUUCACCUAGUAAACUUGUUUGACUUCAGCUUAAUCCGCCCAGAGGUGGUCCAGAGAUCAUACGCAAUGCUGGAAAAUCUUAGGGAAUCUAUGGGACUGGCUUGAUGACGGCCUUCAGAUUAGACAUAAGAUCUUUAACAGUGAUUUGUCUACAAAACUAUGAUACACAACUUGCCACCACUUGUGAUUCAUUACCUCCAGUGACACUAAGUCAGCAAACACAAUGGCUGAGUAUUGUAGCAUGACUGCAGUACAAUUGUUAAGGUGUGAAUUCAGUGGUCUGUGCUUGAAUAACUAGGGUGGUCUGCAGUGUACAUCAUCACAUUGACACAUAAAGGGUACUAAAAAAUCUAAUCAGAGAAGCAAUAUUAAUAGAAUAAGUAGAGGGUUAGAUUAACUUUCACAGCAUUUGCAUCGUGGUAACUAGUUUUGGAAGUGUCUAGGACACUAGGUAGUAAUUUAUUACCUCCCCUUCCCCAUUCAACCAUAUAACUUUUCAACGUUUAUGCGGUGAAUUCCUUUUAACAAACGAAUUUUAGCUGUUUGCACGUUUCAUUAUGCAAGAUGCAAAGCAUAGUACAGUUUAUUUUGAAGGUUUUGAUCAUCCAGAUGACAAUAAGGAUAAGAGGACACUGAUGAACAAAGGAUGCAUGCAUGGCAAAAUAAUUUGUGCUUCUAGAAAGAGCAGCAAACACUUGUGUCUUUUUGUCAUAGGCUUCAUUGCAAAACGUUCAAACAUUCUUGAAUGUAGACAAGGUUUUUGUUUGCAGUGGGUAGGGGGAGGUUGAUGUAUUGCUUAUGUAAAACAAGAAUGUUGGCAGACAUUGAAGAAGACAGCAGUUAACAAGGAUUUUAUUUUACAUCUACAUUUGAUCUAUUUUGUCAUUGCUUGCUUAUAGAUAUCUAUCUGUUCCAUCCCCACCCCUGUUUUUUUUUUUCUUUCUUUCUUAAUGUUCUUCAGGAUCCCACAUUUACAAUGUAUGCAAAAUGGGAGAGAUGCAUGUGUAGUUUCUGGGUUUAGUUAUAAAAGCAAUUAGAACACAGUUUGCACUGGCCAGGAUUUCUUGCUCUUUUUAUGGUGGUUCAUAACAGCUUUACAAAAAUAUACCAUGCUUUAUAAAAGGAUUUGCAGUUAGUGUUGUUUUGGUCACAAUGCAGACUGAAAAUUAUGCUAGCCAGUUUGAAGGCAAGAAGUGUUAAAAGAGCAGCGAGUGGGAAAUCUUGAAUGAGAAGGGGGAGGCCUUGAUUACUAAAUACAAUGGUAAGGCAGCUACCACUAUUCUAAUCCACUUAGAAAUCUUUAAUUUUUUUUUACCCUUUCGUGUUUUCUUGGAUGCAUUGCCAGGUGUGUUUGAGAAUCCUGUAGCUUUGAGUGCUCAAGUAGGCUUGUCUUAUACAGAGGGUAUAAUGCUAAUCUUUUGCGACUAAUGGCAUUGUUCUUUUCUAGUGAGGUGCAAAAGUUGUGCGCUUAAUGGGUCAUGUAUUUUAUGUUUUAUUUGUGCAAGUUAAUGGCUGUGUUGACUGGCAAGCAUGUGAUGACAUUCGAUAGUAAGGUCCGCCUUUCUUUCCUCUCACCCCCUUUUUUUCUUUUCUCUAUCUCCCCAAAAUGCUUUCUCACAUCAUGAUGUUAAAUCAGUUGAGAAACUGAACAGAGAGAAGAACAAAUGAAAGGCAUGUCAGAAUAUGAUGUUUAUUUUGCAUCCUGUACUAAAGGAAUUCUUCAAAUUGUAGCGUACAGUGUAUAUAUUGACAGUUGUAUGAAAGUAUGUGUGCUAGUACGCAUUGGCAUUAUGCAAAUUGCAUGCACAGAAUUACAAAAAAUGCAUGAAGUGGAAUAAAUGAAUUGUCUUA